GGGGGAAGGAAGGAGGAGGUGGAAAUGCUUUUGAAUAACCAGAGAUGGAAAGUUGUAGCUAGUGAUUUAUUAAGACAUUGUAUGGAAGGUAACUAAUGUGGAAUUGGUUUGUUUUGUCCCUGCAGUGUCCUGUUCUCUACACUUGUUGUCCUGUCACGAUGUAGAUUGACAUUGUCCAAUUGUAAAAUUAAUAAAAAUGCCAUUUUUUUUUACCAAACGAUUAAUGCUCAUUAAUACAUUUGUCUGAAUUUGUGUAUACAUUUGGUUCUGUCACAAUUUGCACGAAAAGACCUCCAAUUGUCCACUAAGAGAGCCAAACGGCAGGUUGUUUGCUCCACAAUACAUAAAGCAUGCAAACCUUGGAGAAUUGUUUGUUUGUGCCAGAUAUGAAAGUCUGAUAGCUAAUCAAGCUUUGUCUAUAGUCAGCACAAUGUGUUGCUAAGAUAAGAAAAUUCUGUGGAUGGAAAUGGGAGGUCGAAGGAGGAUUGCUUUUUUUACAACGGUGAUCGUAACACAGCAUCCAGCCAGCAGUUGAUAAUGUCCUACCGUGGAGGGAUGGAUGGGGUUCUAUCUUGCUAUGACUAGCCACACUUGCAUCCAUGGUCCAACCUUGUGGGAGGGAAUCCGAAGUUGGUUGGUUCGACUGAGUGACGAUAACCAAUGUGAAGCUCUGAUUGGUCGAAAAGGCAAAAACCAGGUAGUGGAAUAAAGCGACAAACUCACGAGUGCCCUGCAGUAUCUGGCAUGAACUAUUCUACGCGUUCGUGCAGCAAUUUGUAUCGUAACCUACAUCAACACCACUACCACCAACGCCACCACCACUAACAACCGCACCACCACCACCACCAACACCACCACCAGCGCCACCACAACCUCAACUUACAUGGCCACCAACGCCAUGGAUCGGCCUCUUCCUCCGCUCGAUUCUGGACGCUUUGUGGCGGCGCGCAGCCAGGAUGUGUUUGUGGAUGUGGAAGGGGUGCACAGGGCGGCAGAGAUGCUCUACGCCCUGCGCCACAGUGAGGACCUCACGGCCAGCGGCUGGAAGAAGGCCAACCCCCUGGCCCCCAGAGACACCGCUGACCAGGCAUUGAACUGGGUGUUUGUGGUGGAUACCAUGAACUUCUCCUUUUGGCCAGAGGAAGAGGACAAGCAGUGUGAGGUGACCUACAAAGGGACCACAUACAGAGGCUACAUGACUCUUUGUGCUGCCAUCACCAGAGCUAUAGAAGAAGGCGUACCCAUUACCGACCCGGAAUACUUUUCCCGCAUGAGCCUGGAGCAGUUGAGGCAUGUCCUGCGCUCGGACAACACCACGCCCAUGCCAAUGCUGGAGGAGCGCCACCAGGUUCUCACUGAAGGCGGACGUGUGCUAUUAGAAAAUGGAGGAAACUGCAGGAGCUUCAUCAGCCAAGCCGGGAAUGAUGCCCAGAAAAUGGUGGAACUCAUCGUGGAGAAGCUUCCCUCCUACAGAGAUGCAACUAUUUAUGAGGGGAAAAGCAUCUCCUUCUACAAGCGGGCCCAGAUCCUGGUGGCAGACUUCUGGGGCAUCAUGGAGGCCAGGGGGGAAGGAGACAUCCCGAACCUGGACUGGCUUACCAUGUUCGCAGACUACCGCGUGCCCCAGGCCCUAGUCUAUCUGGGUGCACUACGAUACAGCAGUGCUCUAACUGACACGCUCAAGAAUGGUGAGCUUCUGAGGUCUGGGGACAGGAGAGAGGUGGAGAUCCGUGGAUGUUCCAUAUGGUCGGUGGAGCUGAUUAAAGAGCAUCUCUGCAAGCUGGUGCAAGAGAGAGACGGAGUGCCUUGCAACAUCAAUUCAGCCAUCAUCGAUUUUUACCUGUGGCCUUAUGCAAAGAAACAUGAAAAAGAGAUGUCCCAUAUUCCCAUACACCACACACGCUGCAUUUAUUACUGACCGCAUUCUCAAAAUCAAAUGAUAUCUGUAUUUUCUAUUACAAAGUGAUGUUUCUUUGAAAUAAAGUGCAUAUUAAA